AUGGACCGUACACAAGGCCCUGCCUGUUCGAUCGCCUGCGGUCCGGCCACCGUCGUUCGGAACUACUUCGCUCCACUGGGCGGCUCCGUCGGGCAACGCCGGGGGAGGCAAAUCAACAACCUGCAAGACUUCCUUGCAGAGUUGGAUGAGCUUUGCAAUCCCACCGCACCCGACACAUUUGCAAUGAGGUCACAUGCUCUGGGUACUGCACCCUUCCUGCGCGUCCGCAGCGGCUACACUGAAGCAUCCUUUCGUGAGCUGCAGCGGCUCAACCGAGCGCUGAAGGGCCUUUCGGAGGAGCAAUUGGACCGUCUCAGGGGGAAGCUCCGCAUUGGUCUCCAUGAGGAGGUCCAGGUCACCUCCACCGCUUGGGGCGCCAAGCUGGUGCAUCCUUCGGCCAACCAGUUGGUCACGCAAGUCUUUGGUUCAGCCUGCUCAGUGGCCUACAGCCGGGAUAGUUCGAGAGAUGAUUGGGAGCCGGUGGCCAGGUUGAUCUUAGAGGCCUCCUACGAGGCCACGCUGCUCGCGGCCUUGAAGCAAGCGAUCAAGCACGAAGGCCGAGAGGGAUCCAACCGAGUCUUCCUCACAUGCCUCGGAGGAGGCGUCUUUGGCAAUUCCAUGGAGUGGAUCCUGGAUGCGAUGCGCCGAGCCUUCCUGCAGCUCAAGGAAGCUGAUUUGGAUGUGAGGAUCGUCACCUAUGCAGGCGAUCGUGGAUCGUCGCCCUAG